AAAAGGAAGCAGGCCGGCCUUAAAGGGGCCUCAGCUACUAUGUAUUUUAUUUAUUUAUUUAUAUUUAAAAGCCGCUCUCUCCUUCUUCCGAUGCUGUUAACGUCCCCGACAGAAGAGUAAGCUUAGGGGAGCCGGGCGCAACCAGCAACAGAGCCAGCUGCUGGAGACGGCAGCUCCUGCCCAUCGGAAGACCAGGUGUGCGUGAGCUGCGCCCAGGGGUGUCCUGCGCCCUGGCGCCCUGCGGGCUCUAAUAGCUGGGGUUGCGCGGGGGAACUGGGCCCAGGGCUCAGGUGGAGCGGCUGAUGUUCCGGGCUGAAAGGUGAGGCCGCGCUCGUGAGACUGGGACAAGUCCUUGCACCUCCAGAGCUGGGCCAGGGCGACAAGGAGAACCGCCAGGAUGCCAGAGGAAAAUAUCUUCUUGUUCGUGCCUAACCUUAUCGGUUAUGCCCGGAUUGUCUUCGCCAUCAUUUCCUUCUACUUUAUGCCCUGCUGCCCCUUCACGGCCUCCUCUUUCUAUCUACUCAGUGGACUUCUAGACGCCUUCGAUGGACACGCAGCUCGAACCCUUAAUCAAGGAACCCGGUUUGGGGCCAUGCUCGACAUGCUGACGGACCGUUGUUCCACCAUGUGUCUCUUGGUCAACCUGGCCCUUCUAUACCCUCGAGCCACCCUUCUCUUCCAGCUCAGCAUGAGUCUGGACGUGGCCAGCCACUGGCUGCAUCUGCACAGCUCUGUGGUGAGAGGCAGUGAGAGCCACAAGAUGAUCGACCUAUCUGGGAACCCUGUGCUUCGGGUCUACUACACCUCUCGGCCCGCUCUGUUCACCCUGUGUGCUGGGAAUGAACUCUUCUACUGCCUCCUGUACCUGUUCAGCUUCUCCGAGGGGCCGCUAGUCGGCUCUGUGGGGCUCUUCCGAAUGGGCCUCUGGAUCACAGCUCCCAUCGCCCUGCUCAAGUCCAUCAUUAGUGUCAUCCACCUCAUCACAGCUGCGAGAAACAUGGCUGCUCUGGAUGCGGCAGACCGUGCCAAGAAGAAAUGACCCCCGCCUGCCCCCCAGCUGCCCACCUGCCCUGGGCGUCUACUGUGUCACAUGGCUCCCCUCCUCCUCCUCCUCCUCCUAAGAGGUCCUAGUGUCAUGUCCUUCUCUUGUGUUCUCUAACCUGCUGGGAUGGGGGUCAACCUCUGUUUGGUGUUAUCACUGUCUUUAAUCCUGAGGACCAGACCCAUGCCCGUGACCCCGAGGACCUGGCACUGCAAAGCAGGGACAGUGCUCAGGAGGCCCCACCCGUCCAGCUGGUGCUCCAGGAGGCCUGUCUUCGGAGUGGGUGUUGCCACACAUCCUGCUGGCUCAGCCCUGGCCUGGCCUGAGAUUUUGGGGACAUGUGAGGGAGGGAGAUGUAUGGGUGCCAGGUUUCCCGAAAGGCAGAAGAAUCAGACUGAUGCCAUUGUGCCAAGGAAGCCUGGGCUACCAGCCCAGGAGGGAAGGGGCCAGGGGCCAGCUAGAUCCUUCCCUGAGGCAAACUCCUCUGUCCUGCCCUCUUGCUUUAGAAGCCUCCUUAAUAAAGGGGAGACUUUCGCUCUUUUUGGACUUGUUUACUUUAAGACAUUCUCAGAUGAGGGCCAGGGGUUAAAGGGAACUAGGUGUAAAAGAUCCACCUGGAUGCUCUUCCCAAAGCAGGUGGCUGGCUGCUCCCUGUCAUUCAUUCCUGUGACCUUAGAGAGGCCCUGUCGGCCUUCAGAGCGCUGUCUGCCCACCUGCUGUAUGUCCCUGGCUGGCCACUUUAACUGUAACCUUAUGUUUUCCACCCUCAUGAGAAUGUAAACUUCAGGAGAGCAGACGUCUUUCUUGUCUAUGCCUAGAGUGAAAACUAGCCUGGAAUGUGGUAGCUGCUUAAUAAAUACUCAUGGAAA